AUGCCAUGCAGGAGCUCAGCAGACAAGAAGGUCUACAGAGUCUCAGCCCUGCACAAGUUGGGAAUGUUCCAGACCUACGCAGAGGUCGCCGGGGUCACGCCGUCCCACGGCAGCGUCCUGGGCGGAACCCUGCUGACCGUCCACGGGCGCUUCUUCGACCAGACGGACGGCCCGGCACGUGUGCUGGUGGGAGGACUGCCGUGUGAAAUCCAGAGCGUGCGCGACAGCGAGAUCACGUGCGUGACAGCCAAGCGGCAGAUGACAGACGACGAGCGCAACACAACAAUCUAUCCAGGUGGCCGAGGCCUCAAGAUGGAGCUGUGGAACAACACCAGGUCCGGAGACCUGAGCGACAUCCAGAGCUACAACGAGAGCAAAGAGGGAUACUGGUCGCAGUGGAUCGACUCCAUGCCGCACAACUUCCCCCAUGAGCUGCACGACUUGAGCACCAGAACCAGAGGCUUCUUCGUGCCGCCGGCCAGCGGCAACUACACCAUUUACCUCAACUGCGACGAUAAAUGCCAGCUGUACUUCAGCAACUCCAGUCGCCCGGAAGACAAGGUCCAAGUGGCUUACCAGCCGUACUACGUUGGCGACUACACAAAAUUGGAAUCGCAGAAGUCUGAAGUCAUGGCUCUCGAGAAAGGAAAAGUCUACUACAUUGAAAUCCUGCAUCAGGAAUAUAACGGUGCAGCCGGCAUCAACCUGGCCAUGUUCCGACCCGAGAGCUGGUUUACCGAGGAGCAGUCAGACGAUGCCGUCAACGAGGUCCAGGUUGUCACGGUGAACUACGAGGCCUUUGACGAAAAGCAGGUGGUGACCUUGGAGGCGUGGCCUGACAAGGUUAGUGGCGUUCAGGAGGUGCAGAAGGUGAGUGUGAGUAGCGCCUGUGUGGGCCUCCAGUGUGGAAGCACCUACUUCAGCCUGCACUAUGAAGACGUCAGCACUGGCCCGAUUGCUGUCAGCGCCGCGGAAAACGUGGUGGAGAGAGCCUUGAACAAUCUGUGGUCCAUCAAACCCGACUCGGUUCGGGUUAGCAGGGACGAGGACAGCGACGGAGUUCAUUUCACGGUCACGUUCGAUUCCGACCGGGGUGAUUUCAGGCCUCUCCGCUACGAAAGCCUGGGUUUGGACACCAACAUCACCGUCACAGAGGUGACCAAGGGCAGGAGCAACAUGGCCACGUUCACCUUGGUCUGGGGGGGCAUACCCACUAAGCCCAUUCCCAGCAGUGCCAAUGACUCAGAGGUCCAGUGGGCUCUGGAGGACAUGAUGAAGGCCGAGUGUCCGGUUGAGAUCGUCACCGAGGAAGGACGGGACGUGAAGUUCUUCAAGGACUAUGAAGAUGACCACGACACGUUCGGCGGCGCCAAAGGGACACGGGUUAAAAACGGUGCCUUCUGCGGAUCGUGGUCGCUGGAGAAUGCCGAGGUUCUUUUCAAGGAAAGUUACAGGACGCGGUCCGGUGCGGCCUACGGGGGCAUUUCCCUGAAGCAGCAUCCGACGCUCUGCUUUGCACAUAAGGGAAUGUUCAAAGAUGAAAUUGGCAUAAAAUUUACUUACACUGAUGAAGAAGACCAAAUCAAGACCAAGACGGCAAAGAUCAACACCGUCUUUACCAAAGGCUACAAGUGGAGUUACAAGUGUGUGGACUUGCAGACGUCUCUGCAGACGGACUACGUUGGAAGCGCCUACACCGUCCUGGAGGUUUAUCUCUACAAAGACGAGUCCGGGGAAGACUUCUACGUGGAUGCCGUCCACAUCGGCAAGAGGUCCACCACAGAGGAGGAAUACGCUGUUCCUGGCAAGAGGAGGCCGCCGCCGUUUGAGAGCACAGGUCUUGCUUUCAAGGAGAUCUCUGUCGUGAAAGAGACCAACUCCAACGGGUCGCAGGCCAGCUUUGAGAUCACAGCCACACCACUGGACUGCGGCUUUGGGUUCCCCCUCAUAGACGUUGGCUUCCUGCAGAGGACCAACAGCAGCGAGGACUCGGCUGCGUUUCAGGAAGGUGCCGCCAUCGUCACAGUUACUCGCCCUCACAGAGCCACCCCGCCUCUGAACGGCACCUUCGGCGUGGAGAUGAAUGGGCAGCGUGUUGAAGGUCUGUCGGUGGACAUCAGUCAGGAGGACCUGAAGUACGCCCUGGAGGGAAUCCCCGGGAUGGGCCUGGUGGAUGUGAAGUACACUGGAACGUGCAGACAGCCCAAGUGGAUGGUGGAGUGGCUGACGCGGCCGGGAGACCAGCCUAUGCUGCAGCUCAACGGUUCUUUGGUGGUUGGCAAGGACGUGGAUGUCUGGGCCAGUGAGAGGAAGAAGGGAGGGCAGAUGAUGCGGAGCAUGACCGGAGACUUCUUCCGUGUCUGGGAAACCAAACCACAGGUGGAGGUUUACAUCAACGGCAUUCCCUCCAAGUGUUCCGGAGACUGCGGUUUUCAAUGGUCCGAGGACAAGACCCCCGUGGUGAGCGGGAUCAGCCCCUCUAAAGGAUCCGUCGGACUUGGGACUCGUUUGACUGUCACUGGUUCCGGCUUCGGCGUCCAAAACGCCUCCAUUACGGCGGGAGGAGCCGAAUGUGUCGUGGAAGAGGUCUCGGCUGACAGUCAAGUGUGCAGAUUGGGCAGCGCCGGUGCCGGCACCGUCCCGGUGUGGAUCAACUUCCCCUCACUGGGUCGUCCGCGCGUUGCGGCCGGUGGCGUUCUCAACUUCACCUACCAGCUCAUCGUCUCCUCCUUCUCCCCGGUGUCCGGCAGCGUCGCAGGGGGAACGCUUUUGACGGUGACGGGCUUCGGCUUCAGCGGGAACGCCAGCGUCGCCGUGGGGGACGCGGCGUGCAGUGUGGUCCAAGCGAGUCAUACGGAGCUAAAAUGCAGAACACCAGCAGGGACUGCCGGCUCGCAUGCGGUCACAGUCCACCUGGGCAACAUGAGCGAGGCGGCGAGCGCGGCCUUCACCUACGACCUCGCCCUGACACCGCAGAUCUCCGGGCUGAGUCCCCUGAAGACCUCCGUCUUUGGACGGCGCCUUCUCACCAUCCUGGGCUCGAACCUGGGCGACCAAGCCAAUGGCAGCGCCGUGUACGUGGGCAUGAGGGAGUGCGCCUCCGAGGAGUGGGCGUCAACAAGCGUCACCUGCGUCCUGCCCGUGUUGCCCCCGGGCCUGCACAGAGUGGACGUCCUCGUCGGGGACAAUGGCUACCCCCAGACCAGCAACGGUGUGAACGCCACCAUCGAAUACAUCCUGGAAAUCAACGCCAUCUCCCCCACGACUGGUUCUCUGAUGGGAGGAACCGAGCUGACCAUCUCUGGAUCUGGUUUCAGCCCAAACAUCUCAGACAACACAGUGUCUGUUGGAGGAUCCGAAUGCGAGGUGAAGGCGGCCUCUGAGAACGAGCUGCAGUGCGUGUUGAAGUCAGAGGAGCGGACUCACAUUGUUACCAACCAGGGAGUCCACCACAUCCACGGUCUAGGAUACGCCUGGGACCCAGCGUCUAUCGCGGUGGCUGUGGGGGACACCGUGACGUGGACGUGGGAGCCGCCGGCCUUCAAGAACAGCUUCCGUUACGCUGUCUUCCACGUUUCCAGCCCUGGUGGCGCCACCGCCGAGGAACCACUCUUCUCCAGCGGCGAGCCCCAGCCUGGGAAAGGCUUUUUCAGCUACCGUUUUACCAUCCCGGGUGUCUAUUACUACAGUAGCGGUUACAUCGACCAGAACAAGAAGUUACAAGGUGUUGUGAGGGUCCAACCUCGAGGCCAAAGCGACAACGAGGUCACCAUCAGAGUGGCGGGCAUAGAGGCCAGACGUAUGACUGGAGUGUCCCGUCGCGUCUCCAGGUCUAACCACGAAUGCGUCGCCACGCCAGAGUGCCUUGAGUCCGAAGUGUCGCCAGGCAGCCUUUCCUUCAGCACCUCCGCCUGCUUCACCCCCACGGUCCACUCCAUCUGGCCCAACCAGGGUUCCUACCACCAGCACAUCCACAUCCAAGGAGACGGCUUUAGCAACGUCAGCUGCGCCAUCGAGGUGACGGUCUGGGAUGAGCCCUGCCAGGUGGUCAACAGUUCCCGGCGGGAAAUCUACUGCCAGCUUAGCGCCAACAACAGUCUUCCCGUUGGUGUCGCUCUACCUGUAGACGUUCGAGUUAACAACUUAGGCAGCGCCAUCGUCGCCGUGGCACAGGAGCUGGACCGCCGCUUUGUUGUUUUGCCCGUCAUCGACUCCGUGUCGCCCUCUGAAGGCAGCUCCACCGGCCACACCAGGCUGUCGAUCCACGGUUCUGGGUUUUCCGAGGGUGAAGUAACUGUAGCCGGCCAAGUCUGUGAUGUGGUUUCAGUCAGUUACACCCACGUGGUGUGUGACACGGCCCCCUCCCUGCCACACCAUGGCGACGUCGUCUUCCAGGCGGGGAGGAUCCAGAGUUCCUGUCGGUCCGACUGCUCCUUCCUGUACUCGUCUUCCAUCGCUCCAAAUGUCACCGCCGUUUCUCCCGACAGCAUCAGUGGUUUAACCAACGUCACCAUCUCAGGCGCAGGGUUUGGUACCGACCCAGAGGAUGUGGCGGUUUUCGCUGGCGACAUCGAGUUGGAAGUCUCCGACGUGGCUGAGGACGCCAUCACGGUGAAGGUCCAUGCUCUCCCUGCGGGCGACCAUGACGUUCACGUGAUUGUGCGGAGUAAAGGCUUGGCGUCCGGGGACGUCACCCUGACCAGUCAGGCCCAGGCUGUCCUGAGCCCCUCGGAGGGGAGCCUGGCAGGGGGUACCCCUCUCCUCCUCACCGGGAAUGGCUUCCUUCCCGGGAACACCAGCGUGACGGUCGAUGGUGAACAGUGCGAGAUCGAGGAGGUGGCGCCCGGUCAACUGAGGUGCUGGACGCCUCCUCACAGCGAGGGCCUGGUAUCCGUUAGCAUCCACGUUCUCUCAGUGGAGUACCCUCCCCUCAACUUCACCUACUCUACAGGCCACACCCCCAUUGUCAGCGCCAUCAGUCCCUCCACUGGACCGAGCGCUUCAGCGAUCACGCUGAACGGUUCCGGGUUCGGCACCGACACCCAGCAGGUGACCGUCAUGGUGAACGGAGUGAGCUGCAGAGUGCUGUCGGUCGCGGACAACCGGGUGGAGUGCACUGCGGGGGACAACCCCGGCGGGGAGUACCCGGUUAUGCUUCGCCACCACAUCAAAGGUUACGCUCAAUCCAGCGUCAGGUUUACUUACGAGCUGGUGCUCAGCGGCGUGCAACCCAACGAGGGUAGUUUUGGCGGUGGCGCUGAGCUGACCAUCCAGGGUUCUGGGUUUGACCCGCUCAACUCGGCCGUGCUGAUCUGCGAGGAGGAGUGCCAAGUCGACAGGGAAGCGUCAACGCCGACACAACUCUACUGCGUGUCCCCGUCCAACAACGGCUCCGACUCCGAGGUGAGGUGCCCGGUGGCUGUGGCCAACCCACUGGAUGCUGUCAACGUGUCGGAGGGCUUCACGUACAAGUCCCAACUCACGCCUGUGAUCAGCGAGGUGUACCCACGGCGAGGAGGCACCGCCGGCGGUACUUGGCUCACCAUCGUUGGCUCCGGUUUCAGUACGGACCCCAGCGAGGUCAACGUGACCAUCGCAGGCUCCGUGUGCGACGUCCAGUCCGCCAACGACACGCACGUGGUGUGCGUCACCGGCACCCAGCCGCAGUCUCAGGAGACUAAAGUCCGAGUCAGCGUCAGAGACCAAGGCGUGGCCAAGAUGGACCACGCAGAUUUCUUCUACAUCGACGUGUGGUCGUCCAAGUACACGUGGGGCGGGCUGUCUCCACCCGAGAGGGGCUCGUUAGUGGUCAUCAGCGAGGGACAGACCAUCCUGCUGGACAGCAGCACCCCCGUGCUGAAGAUGCUUCUCAUUAAAGGAGGCUCUCUGGUCUUUGACGAGGCCGACAUUGAGCUGCAGGCAGAAAACAUCCUCAUCACCCACGGCGGACGGCUGCAGGUCGGCCAGGAGGAGGCGCCGUUCCAACACAAAGCCAUCAUCACGCUCCACGGAAACCUGCGCUCGCCCGAACUUCCUGUGUAUGGAACCAAGACGCUGGCCGUCAGAGAGGGCACACUGGACCUGCAUGGUAAACCAGUUCCAGUCGUCUGGACCCACCUUGCCGAGACGGCGGAAAGCAACUCCUCCACGCUGACCCUGAUGAAGGCGGUGACGUGGGCAGUGGGAGAUGAAAUCGUCAUUGCUUCCACCGGCCACAGGCAUAGCCAGAGAGAAAACGAAGUGCGGACCAUUGCAAGCCUGUCAGCAGAUGGUGUGACCCUGACCCUCACCCAAGCUUUGGAGUACUCUCACCUCUCGGUGGCCGUUACCCUGCCGGACGGUACGCUCUUCGAGGCCCGGGCGGAGGUGGGUCUCCUGAGCAGAAACGUCGUGGUGCGAGGCUCCCAACACGAAGAGUGGCAGGACAAGAUCGAGGCCUGCCCGGAUGGUUUCAACACAGGAGAAUUCACCACACAGACGUGCUUCCAAGGACGGUUUGGCGAGGAAGUCGGCAGCGAUCAGUUUGGCGCUUGCAUCAUGCUCCACGCCCCCCGCCCCAGUGAGAACCUUGCCGUGGGGAGGCUAUCGUAUCUCGAGCUUUUCCAUGCCGGACAGGCCUUCAGGCUGGGUCGGUACCCCAUCCACUGGCACCUGAUGGGAAACCUGGAAUACAAGUCGUACGUGCGCGGCUGCUCCAUCCAUCAGACGUACAACCGAGCCGUGACCAUCCACAACACUCACCGGCUGCUGGUGGAACACAACAUCAUCUACGACAUCAUGGGGGGCGCCUUCUUCAUCGAGGACGGCAUCGAGACGGAGAACAUCCUGCAGUACAACCUGGCCGUGUUCGUUAAGCAGAGCACCAGUCUGCUCAAUGACGACGUCACCCCCGCAGCCUACUGGGUCACCAAUCCUAACAACAUCAUUCGGCACAACGCCGCAGCCGGGGGCACCCACUUUGGCUUCUGGUACCGCAUGCACGAGCACCCCGACGGACCGUCCUACGACCGAAACAUCUGCCAGAAGAAGGUUCCUCUCGGGGAGUUUUUCAACAACACGGUGCACUCUCAAGGCUGGUUCGGUCUCUGGAUCUUCCAAGACUUCUUCCCGAUGAAGGAAGGCGGCUGCCGCUCCAAGACGCCCGAGCCGGCUGUCUUCCGGUCUCUCGUCACCUGGAACUGCGAGAAAGGAGCCGAGUGGGUCAACGUGGGCGCUGUGCACUUUACAGACUUCGUCAUGGUCAACAACGAGAAAGCCGGAAUCGAAGGCAAACGCAUCAUACCGUCCAUGGUUGCCGCCUUUGGACCGGACGGCGGUGCCGGGGUGUUCAACACUACAAUCGUGGGCCACAUGGACGCCCUCGGUCUGGGAGAGAACUACUGCACGCACCGAGGCAUCAUCGCACCACUGGAUGACGGAAUGAGCGUCGCGGGCACCAAAUUCAUCGACUUUGACCGCGGCGCCUGCGCAGCAAUCGGGGUGGCUUCAAUCGACGGGAAGUGUGUGGAUCGCUGCGGUGGCUGGGCUGUCCGGUUUGAAGGGAUCGAGUACUUCAACUCACCCAACAAGGCCGGCCUCAGGUGGGAGCACGAGGUCCAACUAGUGGACAUGGACGGCUCCCUCACAGGAAACAUCGACUACAAAGUGGUGCCUCUGACCGGACUGCUCGACCCGGCGCACUGCUCCGAGAGCGCCGAGUGGAGUGUGGCCUUCCCCGCCGCUUUGUGCGACCACACCGUGAAGUUCCAUCGAUUGGCUCUCAACAAUCCCUCGCCGUCUUCUCUGGACGCCAAGGAUAUCAUCUUAAGCAACUCGCAUGGUUCCAGCGCGGUUCCCUAUUUGAAGAAGAGAAUGACACACCCGCUGGGCUGGAUGGCCAUGCUGCCUUCAGGGGACACGUACAACUGGUACUUUGACAACGCCGACCACUUGACCAACAUCAGCUACGGGGCCAAGUUCUAUGGUUUUGAGCCGGAUCAGUACGUGAUCAUCCACCACAACCUCACGCAGAGUCCAGACAAGUUCCGCGUCGUCGACGAGAGGAACGGCUCGUCGUCGCCGCUGAGCUUCAGCGCCAACAGCAAUGGCGACUGGUACUUUGACAACAGCACCAACGACCUUUUUUACAUGGUUUCUGGGACGACCAGCGAGCGUCGGCGUCGCAACAGCGUGGACCCCUCCAUGCUGGACGUAGACGUCAACUUCAAGGUCUACCGCUGCUUCUACCCCAACUGCAUCCCGCCCACGCCGCCUCCUCCGGCCACGCUAGCCCCGCUGCCCAGCCGCCGGCCCGACGACUUCAUCUUGUGGUCCAACGCUUCCUUCUGGACCGCUUCUGCUGAAAACAACUUCAGUGCGCCAGCAGAUGGCGCUGACGUGGUCAUCCCAGCAGGAAAGUGGGUGGUCUUGGACAGUGACACCCCUGCCCUCAAUAAGCUGACAGUCAAUGGCGUUCUGGAGAUCCCGGAACCCUCAAACAGCUCGUCCAGCCGACCGGCUCGGGCAGCACCUCAGAACCACACCGUGGUCAUAGACGCGGUCUACAUCUCCAUCCAGGGCGGCAGGCUGACGGUCGGGUGGGAGGACGAGCCCUUCACUGGGGAGCUUCACAUCAGACUGAGGGGGAACCACCGCACCCCCGACUGGCUUCUGCCCAACGGACCCAACCAGGGGUCCAAAGUCCUGGGUGUGUUUGGCACCCUGGAGCUCUACGGACAGCCGCACGACGUGUACCACACCAAACUGGCCGCAACAGCCGAGGCGGGGACCAGCAUGUUGACCCUGGCGGAGGCCGUCGACUGGAAGGUGGGAGACGAGGUGGUCAUCUCCACCACCGGCUACAGCGCCUGGGAGACGGAGAAGAGGGAGGUCGCCGAGGUGUCGGUCGACGGACGCGUGCUGACCCUGAGCCAACCCCUGACCCACACCCACGUCGGUGAGACUCACUCCGUCCCGGGAACGUCGCUCUCCUACACGCUGGCGGCGGACGUGGGCCUCCUGAGCAGGAACAUCAAGAUCCUGGGUCAGGACUACGCUGACAUGAUGGAGGAGUCAUUUGGUGCCAGACUCCUGGUUGGAACCUUCUCCGCCGAUGGGAUACACUAUAAAGGGAAGGCGCAACUCAGGAAUGUGGAGUUCUACAGGUCGGGUCAGGAAGGGUGGAGCGAUGACUUUGACCCGCGAUACUCGGUGGCCUUCCUCAACCUGGGCCAGGGCAACGAGUCGUACCUUCAAGGCUGCGCCUUCCACUGCGGCUUUUCUCCGGCCAUCGGCGUGUUCGGGACAGAGGGCGUGGCCAUCGACGACAACGUCAUCCACCACACGGUGGGCGAGGGCAUCAGGGUCGGGGGUCGGGCGAACAUCUUGAGGAGGAACCUGGUCACCAUGACCUUGUGGCCGGGGUCCUACCAGGACCGAGAGGAGCCCUUCAACUACGACUGGACGGCGGCCAUCGAGGUGAGCGAGGGAGAAGACGUGGUCUUGCAGCACAACAUCGUGGCAGGUUACGAGCGCGUGGCCUACCGCAUUGACGGCGAGCCGUGUCCAGGUUCCUGGCAGGAGACGGAGCAGUGGGCUCACAACGAGGCUCACGGCGGCCUCUUUGGCGUCUACAUGAACAAAGACGGCCUGCCCGGGUGCUCCCUCAUCAGGAGCUUCUUCAUCUGGAGGAACUGGGACUACGGCGUCUACUUCCAGAGCUUCAUGAACGUCAUGGUGGCCAACGUCACCCUGGUGGACAACGGCAUGGGCAUCAUGCCGCUCAUCUAUGCCCCGCCCUCUCUCAGCCACGCCUACGCUGACAAGUGGGUCCACGUGGAGAAUGCCUUGCUCGUCGGCAGCAGCCCCAACUUCAACUGUUCUGACACGCUGGAGGCCAGCGACUUCAACCUGGUCAUCACUCAAGACCACCGAGCCCCCCGGCCCGUCAAUGGAGGCAGAUCUGGAAUCUGCUGGCCGACGUUUGGAUCCGAGCACAACACGGCCCCCAAGAAGCCCCACCACACCAACAACAACUACAACGCCAUCAAGGGCCUGAUGAAAGUCGCCGAUUCCACAUUCGUCGGGUUCCGGAACGUCUGCUCGGGCGAGAGCAACGUGAUGUUCCUCACCAACCCCUUGAACGAGGACUUGCAGCACCCGGUGCACGUUUGGGGCCUGAGGAUGGUGGACAGCGCCCAGGAGGCCCAGGUGUUCAUCCACAGGGCCAACGUGGGCAAAGUCAACCCGGCCGACUGCGUGGACAUGGAGUGCGACGCCAAGAAGAAGAGCUUGCUGAAGGACUUGGACGGCUCCUUCUUGGGCUCCGUGGGAACCGUGCUGCCGCAGUCCGAGUACGAGUGGGGAGGGGAUCCCAGCAGGGGGCUGGGCGACUACCGCAUCCCCAAAGUCAUGCUGACCUUCCCCAACGGGAGCCGCAUCCCGGUGGAGCAGAUCGCCCCACACAAAGGUGUGAUCCGGGAGAACUGCACCUACGUGAGUGCCUGGCAGUCCUACAAAUGUUUCGGACUGAACUACAGGAUGCUGGCCAUCGAGAGUCUGGAUGCCGACACCGAGACCAGACGUCUGUCCCCAGUGGCGGUGCUGGGCGACGGCUAUGUGGACCUCAUCAACGGCCCGCAGGACCACGGCUGGUGUUCGGGGUACACCUGCCAGCUGAGGGUGUCCCUCUUCCACAGCAUCGUGGCCACCGACCACGCCUUUGACGUCUUCUUCAGCAGCGUCAGUCCUCAGAAGCUCCGCCUCUUGAUGCUCAGCGCCGAGCCGUCCGAGAGCGUCCUGGUGUCUGUCUUCUACUCCAAGCCGCAGAGGUUGGACGUGUACGUGGACGACCAGCUGGUGGCGCCCACCAACGCCAAGUGGAACUCGGACAACAGCGACUACACCCUCAGCAAGCCCACCUAUGAAGGUCAAUACGUCCCGGCGCUGAACGCCACCAUGGGCGCCAACUUCUUCCACCCGACCUCCAAGAUGUUGAAGGUUCUGGUGAGAGGAUCCGAUCCGGUGGAGAUCCGAACCUCCCCGGUCCUCUUCAUCGCCUUCGAGCUGCCCGCCAUGACCGAGGACGAGUUCUUCGGCGACAACCUGGUCCAGAAUCUGGCCGUGUUCCUCCGAGUCCCCUCGCACAUGAUCCGGGUCACCAACAUCAUCCGGGAGGACUCGCGGCGCAGGAGGAGAAGCACGGGUUUGAAGGUGGAGGUGGAGAUCAGGAAGCCUCCGGUCCGGCAGGUCACCAACAGCACCGAGGACGAGGAGGACUUCCAGUUGUUGCGGAACAUCGCGGAUGAUCUGGGUCAGGCGGUGGUCUCGGGCAACCUCAGUCAGUCCAUUGGCUUCAACGUGUCCUCGGUGGGUGUGGUGGCGCCCCCGCCUCCUUCCUCUGACCCCCAUUGGAAGGACGUGGCGACAGAGGAGGUGACCAGGGAGGAGCCCGAGGUGAGCUUCGUGUCCAGCGUGGAGAACCUGCUGCUGGUGGUGGAGCCUGUAGCGGGCGGGUACGUGGGUCCUCUGCACCAGCAGCCCAGUCUCAUGGCGCUGGAUGAGCAGGGCGACUGCGUCUCGGUGGGCGUGACCACCCUCACGGUCACGGCCAGCCUGAAGGACUCGGACGGCGAGGGCGUGGACGGCCUGGAGGGAAACGCCACCAUCUUGUUCAGCGGCUGCUGGGCCAACUUCACCGACCUCUCCGUCCUCAGCGGCGGCGAGAACCUGACCAUGGUCUUCACGCUGAACGACUGGAGCGCCCGGUCGCUGCCUUUCACCGUCAGGGAGACGACGUCCCCGCCGACGCCAUCGACCACGACGUCGACCACGCCGGACGGCAGCAUCUUCAGCACGGGCGCCACGGCGACGCCCGGCAGCCUGUGCCUGGUCAGCGUCAUCUACGCCGUGGCAUGCUGCUCCCAAGACGUCCCCGUCUGCUAGAUGAAGAACUAAACAAUUAUUAUUCUUUUCUAAAAUGUGAUUUUCUCUCUUUUUCUUGCCUUUAAUCUUUAAAAUAAAUGAUUUGAUGAUUUGAAUCCAUUCUCAGUGUGCAGUUUGCUUUGGCCACCGUUGGAUGGCGCCCCCGUGUGGACGAAUAGGAAA